UUACUGCUAUCCGGAGAUCAAAUUAUUACUGUAGAAAUUAUUUUAAUUUUUUUCUUGUUUCAAUAAUAGAUUAUUAUUAAGCCAUAAGCUUGCAGGAUGAGGACCAGACGUUUACAAUGGAAAUUAAUGAAAGCAUGUCAGCUAGCUUUUGAGGGGUGGGGAUUGGGUAGUCUAAAAUCUUAUGCCACCCUCACAAACAAAAACUCCUCACAAAUGGCAAAACAAGGACGUGCAUGAUUCUAGAGGCAAACCUAAUCACCCAGCUGUCAGGCUAUGUGGUGUUUGUGAUACCAUCGGACCUUUUGGACUGGUCUAACCUGCAAAAAAGAAAAAAAAAAAAAAUCAAAGGUCAGCCAGGGAAGUCACCAGAGAAGAAUUACUUAAAAAAAAGAAGCUCCCCAUGCUUGGGGCCACCCUCCCAGAGAAGGGAAGACGACAAUGUCCGGGGAAGGCGCGGGUUCAAGGCGGCUGGGGAGGAGGCGGGCGCGCAGGACGCCGGGGCUCCCCGCGCUGCCCUAGGGGAAGAGGAUGGGCCUGAGCUCCCCAGCCAGCCUCUGCGAGCCCCCCACGCUCCAGGCCCGGAGGGAAAAGUUCCGAAGCAGCCCCAGGGGACCACAAAGCCCAAUCCUGCCGGGUUGAGCUGCACUCGGGGGCGUCGGGGAGAGCCGGGCCGUUCCGGGGGCGGGGGACGCGCAGGGGCUCCCGCCGAGGCCGGAGAGGCCCGGGCCGCCGCCCUCGCCGCCGCCGCCGCCCUCGCCGCCGCCGCCGCCGCCGCGGCCCUGCGUUACUGGGGGAGACGGAGCCGCUGCGACAGGGGAGGACGCGGCUGGGGCUGA